AUGGCUUUCAGCAGCCGAAGAGAAUCCACGUCUGCUCCUUCAGCUUCUCCAUGGAAAUACCACGUGUUCUUGAGCUUUAGGGGCAUAGACACUCGCAAGGGUUUUACGGAUCAUCUAUAUGACAGAUUGUGGUGGCGGUCAAUUACAACUUUUAGGGACAACAAUGAACUUGAAAGAGGUACAACUAUUUCUCCAAAUCUACUGAGAGCAAUCGAAGAAUCAAGGUUUGCCAUCAUUAUCCUCUCACAAAACUAUGCUUCUUCCACCUGGUGCUUAGAUGAGGUUUCAAAGAUUGUUGAGUGCAAAGACGUAGACAAAAUUCUACCAAUUUUUUAUGACGUAGAUCCUUCUGAUGUCCGAAAACAAAUGGGAACGUUUGCAGAAGCCUUCAACAAGCACAAAAAGAACUUUAAACAAGACAAAGCAAAGGUACAACGCUGGAGAGCUGCUCUUACAAAAGUUGGUAAUAUCUCUGGCUGGAUUUCGAAAGAUAGAUAUGAGGCAGAGCUUAUCAAAGAAAUUGUUGAAGAAGUGUGUCACAAAGUGUAUCCUACAAUAGUCACAUUGCUAGGUUCCACAACAAAGUUAGUAGGAAUUGAUUUUAGACUGAAGAAAAUAGAAUUGCUAUUAGAUCGUGAGGCAAAAGAUGUUCGCUUCAUAGGGAUAUGGGGGGCUGGUGGCACAGGCAAGACAACUAUUGCUAGACUUGUUUAUGAGAGAAUUUUCCAUCACUUUGAUGUUAGCUACUUUCUUGCUAAUGUCAGAGAGGUUUGUGCAACCCACGGGAUUGUUCAUUUACAAAAACAGCUUCUUUCCCCAAUCUUGAGGCAAAAAGUGAAUGAAGUUUGGGAUGUUCAUAGCGGAGCCACUAUGACCAAGUAUUGUUUAUGUAAUAAAAAAGUGCUUCUCGUUAUUGAUGAUGCGAAUCAGUUAAACCAACUGAAAGUAUUGGCCGGAAACAAAGACUGGUUUGGCUUGGGGAGCAGAAUCAUUAUCACAACCAGAAAGGAACAUCUGUUGAUCGAACAUCAUAUAGAGGAACGAUAUGAGCUCUUGGGAUUACAAGACAUGCCUGAAGAUUUUCAUCCCCACAGAAGAGACGAGCCUGAAGGAGAUCUUAACUUGGAACUGCAUAAUGAUGAGUCUCAACAAAAAGAUGAUGGACCCGCUAAAGUUCAGUCGAAGAGCCACAAUAAACAACUUGGAAAAGUUCCCAAGGCUGUUGAAGAAGGUGGUGUGGACAUGGAUUCUCCUCCUCAAUUCAAGGUGUGUGUUGGCUGCAAACGGAAUAUUGAUGGGGAAUAUAAAAAUUGGAAGGGUGCUCUUCAGUGGCAUCCACUUUGUUUUUGCUGUCAUGCUUGUGAUCUUCCAAUUACUGAUUCGAAAUUUAAGAAGCAUGAGAAUCAUCCUUACCACCCGUCCUGCUACAUGAAGCGUCGUCAUUCACAAUGUGUUGUUUGUGAAAAUUUAAUCCCACCAAAUUCAGAUGGUCGUAUUGAGUCUAGCGUAAAUCAUUUCUGGCGACAACAAUCUUGUCCCUCUCAUCAGGGCGAUGGAACUCCUAGAUGUUGUAGCUGUGGAAGAUUACAGCCAGGAGGGGACACCAGAUAUCAUUUACUUAAUGAUGGCCGGUCACUAUGUCUGGACUGCCGGGAUUCAGCUAUUACAGAAGCUGACGAAUGUGAAGCCCUUUUCCUUAAAGUACAAGAAAUGUUUGAUUUGAAAAUUCAAGAGAAAAAUAUUCGAAUAUACUUGAUCGAUAAAGGAGAACUCUUAAAAGCCAGGAAGGCCAUUGUGGAAAAGAAGGGUCGCGUGAGUGACCAAUUGCUAGCAGCUGAGACUACCGAUGGCUUUAUUAUAUGGACGUCGGGGCCUUUCCCUCAAGUAACAGCAAUGGGGAUACUGAGUGAUCUUCCUAGGCUGGUGACAGGGUCAACUAUGGCUUCCAAUUUAAUGCAAGCAUGGCUAAAGGUUAAAUGUUAUAAAAUUCGAAAUAUGAGCCCACAGGUUAAAAAGGGUUUCAGCCAAGUGUUAGCCCAUAUGUGGCUGGACGUUGAGAUGAAUUCUGGGUCUGACUUUGAGAAGAAGCUUGGUGAAUAUUUACAAUACCGAAUUGAGAAAUCGUCAGAUUGUGGAGAAGGGUUCAGCUUAGGUAAAAAGGCAGUGCUCAAACAUGGUCUAAGAAAGACCCUUCACCAUAUUCGAAAGACAGGAAGCUUUCCACCUGUAGAGUGA